CGCACACAUUUCUUCGCCCAAAAAAGGAUGAGAAUUUCACUUUAUAUCCUCACGUUUUGCGUGGCAAAAUUUGCCACCUGUGGAGAUACAGGCCAAGAAUCCUCAGGUUCACACACCUGGGAUAUAUCUCUCGGGGCUAGGAACAAAAAUGUCGUGAUUCAGGAGGAAGUUUUCAAUGAGACGCAAACUGUCGUAUGUACUCCAGCGAAUAUGGACGAACAGGUCAACUCUCUAGUAGAUGGAGCCAUGGUGAUAUGGCAGCCUGGAGCCCAGGAAAGACUCAACCAGUGCAGAUAUACUAUCAUAAAGGAGACGCCUACGCUCGUCUUGGACGUAUACAAUGGGAAUACUGCUCUACAAAAGUAUUAUGCAAAGGAGAAGGACAAAUGGACGCUCGUUAAAGAGGGUGACUUUGUCAAGAAAUUCAGCAUAGCCUCAAGAGCCCAUUUUGAUCAACCCAUUCCACAAGAUACCGAAGAUAAAGUUAGCAUAGAUCUUGCUAAACCAGUAGACGAGUCCAAGAUUAAAAUUCAUGAGACUAAAAAAGAUGGAGUGGAUGAAAAAAAGUUUGAAGUAAAGGGCAAGAUAUCCAUAAGUUCAGUUGCAGACGAUGGAGUGGGUGUAUGGAUAGCUCCAGAGAGUGGUGCACUUGUAGUCACACUGUUCUCGCAAAAACGCUUUCCAAACAUGAUGGCUAUACGACACAAGAAGGAUAACAAGGAUGAAUUCUUAUAUUUCGCAAAAGUAUAUGGCUCAUGGCGUCAAAUUAAAGUUGAUUUAUUUCAUUUUCAAUUGAAUACAAUGAAAAAGUAUGCAAAGGAAGGAGAGCAAAAGAAGAAUGAUGCGGCUGCUCUUGCCAUCAUGAAUGGUGGUACUCCUAGUGGCGGAAGAAGAGCCAUUACAUCUGGCGACAAUAUAAGCUCAGCUCUGGAAGUGAUCCCACAGUAAAAAUAUAGAGUAUUUUGAACUCGAAUAUUCCAAAAUUACGAUAUCAACAGAGAAGAGAAGAUUACAGAGUAAAUCCGGAUCCAUUGUAUCAUACGAAUUGGAGUAGUUGGCAUGGGCUAUUUCUCUAGUUGUAACAAAUUUGAUGGAAAUACAAGUUUGAGAUUUAAAGUUUACACAUAGGUUAAACUCGAAACCUCGUUUAUUUAGAAACCUGUGCCGAAAGAUGGCGACAUUUAAAAUGUAGUUUGG